UUUAGCUGUGAAACGGAUCUAGCCGGAUGCACACGAACGGGCCCUAAUUCUCCCCUCUUUUUCAGAGGCGGUCGACUAUGAUGUCCUUCAACUUCCUAUUUGCCAUACAACAUCGCCUUUGCACCUUUGUAUUCUCUUUCCACUGUUUUAUGAUGUGCCGCCGUCGCCAAGUCAGAAAUGUAUACAUUCGAUGUGGCCAUGCCGUCAAUCUUCCUGAAAUAUACAUUCGAUGCGAGGAGUCUAACUGCAAGUUCAGUCUUUUCCAUCCCGCGAGCUGCAAAGCCCCUGCUUGCCUUCGUACCUGUUGGCAAUACCAUCGCUAUCCUGAACAGUACUCUCCUCACAUCGAUUCGUGUUGUCCCACGUGCAGUUCACAUCAGCAAUCUCGGAGUUACUAAUGUUCACUAGUAUGCAUGCAUCCACAGCUAAAGGACUGCAAAAAAUCAGAUCUUGGUCUAUCUCGACGAAUUCAUAUGUAUUAGCAUCAUGUACUAGUGACAUGCAUGCUUUCUAAAAGUGUACUGGUCGUGGAUGGCCGCUUCAAGCUGAGCGCGGCGAGUAAGGCCGGUCGAAGGAGGGGCGGACCCUGCCCGACGUGCCCGAUUGAUAUCAAUCGAGCCAGUGAUCGGAGGUAUAUCCUCAGGGUUGCUCGACGCCAAACUAGUCGGGCUAAGAACUGUUACGUUUCUGAUCUACGGUAAUCUAAGAGGCAGAGUAUGCUUCUUAAGACUCGGAUAGGUUAC